CCCGGCCCGGCCCCGACGGGCCCUCCGCGCCGCGAGACCCCCCCGCGUGUCCUGUGCUAUGAGCGUUUGGCGUGACUUCUCCGCGAGCAGUUGCAAAUGAAAAUGGAGGAUAUGUCUUUGUCUGGCCUGGAUAACAGCAAACUGGAGGCCAUCGCGCAUGAGAUCUACACGGACCUGGUGGAAGAUGCCUGUCUGGGCCUCUGCUUCGAAGUCCACCGGGCGGUCAAGUGCGGCUACUUCUUCCUGGACGACACGGACCCCGACAGCAUGAAGGACUUCGAGAUCGUGGACCAGCCCGGCGUGGACAUCUUCGGGCAGGUCUACAACCAGUGGAAGAACAAGGAGUGCGUCUGCCCCAACUGCAGCCGCAGCAUCGCCGCCUCCCGCUUCGCCCCCCACCUGGAGAAGUGCCUGGGCAUGGGCCGCAACAGCAGCCGCAUCGCCAACCGGAGGAUCGCGAGCAGCAACAACAUGAACAAGUCGGAGAGCGACCAGGAGGACAACGACGACAUCAACGACAACGACUGGUCCUACGGCUCCGAGAAGAAAGCGAAGAAGAGGAAAUCGGAUAAGAACCCCAACUCGCCCCGCAGGUCCAAGUCCCUGAAACACAAAAAUGGCGAGAUCGGCGGGAACCCCGAUCCCUUCAAGUACAGCAACUCGGCGGGGAUCAACUACGAGACGCUGGGCCCCGAGGAGCUGCGGACGCUGCUCACCACGCAAUGCGGGGUCAUCUCCGAGCACACCAAGAAGAUGUGCACCAGGUCCCUGCGGUGUCCCCAGCACACAGAUGAGCAGCGGAGAUCGGUCCGGGUUUACCUCCUCGGUCCCUCCGCGUCCCUGCCCGAGGCGGAGGGCAGCGUGGAGAACGACAGCUUCGAGGUGGCGGAGAGCCAGGCCAUCAUGAGCCGGCUGCAGUGGGACGGCUCCUCUGACAUCUCGCCCUCCGACUCGGCCUCCUCGAAAGCCAGUACAAACAACUCCGAGUCCCGCAAGACCAAGAAGAAGAAGCCCCACUUGGGGCUGGUGAGCGGCGCCCCAGGGCUCGGCUCCAGCAAGAAGAAGAAGCCCAAACCCCCCGUGCCCCACACCCCCAGCAUCUACGACGACAUCAACUGAGCGCAGCGGAGCUGAUGGGGUGGGGGGGACACGGACAGACGGACAGACAGACGGACACGGGACGGGGCAGCCUCUCCCACCCCGGUUGGAGCAGCCCUGCGCAUUCGGACACAAGGCGGGUACCCGGGGCGCGGAGGAUGGAGGACUUGGCCAUCGCUGCAGGGGGAAGGGGAAGGGGGGGACUGUAUUGGGGA